CUUCUCUGUCUCUCUCUCUCUUUCUCUCUCUCUCUCUCUUAUUACUAAUCUUCCCUCCCCUUUUUCCCCAAAACGUCAAUGUCGGGCGACCCAACCACAUCUAACGACAACCGGCCACCGGAGCAGACAGCAAAUGACGAUUUGCCUUCUGGAGUUCCUCCUACUGCUAUGGCACUACGUAUCAAAUCGCUCGAACAGCAAACCAAGCCAAUCACCAUUCCUCGGGAUGCUUCUGUGCUCGACCUCAAGCAGGCAGUACAAGUCGCGUUUCAAGUAGAAUGCAAUCGACAACGGCUUAUCUUUCAAGGAAAAGUUCUCAAGGAUGAAAAAAAUUUGACGGAUUACGCGAACCUCGAUAACGGAAAAGUCGUACAUUUGGUGGUGCGGCCUGCUGAUGUGCCACAGAAUUCACAAAAUGACGAACCUCGUCCUCAAAGCAGCAGCAACAACAGUCGUCGGACGUUUGCUCGAGGAAUUCCGCUUUCACGUCUCUUCCCUCUGGGUGGCAGACCGCCAGCCAUGGAAGGAUACACAUUUAUCACACUGGAUGUCGGUGAUCCAGGUCAUCAUCUCUCUUCGUUGAUGGAUGGCCUGGCUGGGAACUUGUUCCCUUCACCCAAUCUCGGAAAUGCUACACGUCCCUCGACUGGUGCUGAAAACACAAACGGAAACACUCGACCACCGACUCCUUCCCAGAGCAGCCCACGCGCGCGUGCACGAGACACUUCUGCUAAUACGACCACGACUUCGAACACUACAUCGACCGGCAGCAUCCCAUCAAGUAGAUCGCCCUUUGAGUUCACGUUGGGUCCUCGAAGUGCGUCAGAUCUCGGGCCAUCCAACCCUUCUGACAUGCGUUCUGCCACGGGCGUUCCUUUCCCGCCGUCUGUAGAAGUACGACUGAUGCGGACCAUGAGCUGUAUGAGAAACGUGAGAACUAUACUCGACACACCGCCUGAUCAAAGCAUCCAUGGUAUUACCACUGCAUCGUCAACAUCUCCAGAGCAAAGUCAAGAGAUACGAUCGCGACUUCGAGGUAGCGGAAAUAGUCAGACGGCAGCUGUUGGAAUGGUAUUGGACGAGCUGGCUACUCUCAUGACCGAUGUAGUGCCUCGCUUGCGAGAAAUGUCUGAAGCUUUGCGGGCUAGCGAUCGAUCGCCAAACUCAGAGGAAAAUGUACAGCUGUAUCGUCGGGUCUUGCGCACAGCACGCGUUGUCCAAGGCAUGAGCUUGAUUAAUCAUUUUCUGGGAUCAGUACUGGCAGCUGCCGAUAUCAGCCCGUCGCGUAGAACGCGUCCACGAACACCGGCCAGUAGUGGCUCCACAUCUGCGGCUACCUCUCCUCGCGCAAGCCAACCAAGCAAAAACAGCCAGCCUGAAACCAACGACGACACAAGCGCAUCUACAUCGGCACCUGCUGGUACUAGUGCAAGUCAGACGACGGAUGAACAAAACGAUGGAACGACAUCAGCUGCUGCUAACAACGACGAUGUCCGAGGCACCAAGCGGAAACACGAAGAAGGAGAUGAUCCGUCAUCAUCGUCGUCGUCAUCGUCGCAGCAAGAUAAAGGCAAACGUCGAGAAACAGGUGACAAUCUUUGAAAAUGCAGGCUGUAUACCACGUCAAGAAAAACCAAGAUUACACAACAAAAGUGCAGCAAAACUACACACACACACAUAAUUUCACUCACACACACACGCACACACACACACACUCACCCGCACACAGACACAGAACACACAUUAUCUACACAACACACACACACACACGACA